ACCGGCAGCAGGGGCCAGCUCUGGGCCCCCUCCCAGCUUGGCAGUGGCACGAAGAUGGGGGUGGUAGUGUGUAAUGGGGGAAGCACCUACCGGGACCCCCACCUGCCAGCUAGUUGGGCACCCUAAGGCAGUAUGCUGCCCACUUGGUAUUCCCCAACACCCCCAGCCCUGCCGAGUGCACCCCUCCGGUGCCUGCUUCCCCUGAUGCCUGCGAUUUAGACCAGCCUGACUGUAUCCACGGCAACAGAAGCGGGAGAGUCACUGGCCUCCAGAUCACAGAGGGUCCCACAAUGUGGCCUGGGCUGUGAUUUAUCCAUGGUGAGACAGCUUGAGCCCUCUUCCUGGAUUCCAAGACAGCCCUGCUGAGAAAAAGCCCAGGUACAGCCCACAGGACAACUGAUGGAGUCCCACAGGGCCCAUCGGGUACCAGCCCGGCUGAACCCAUAGGGUUGAGAGCGGCCCUUGCCCCCUCAGUAUGGCCAACACCACCGGAGAGCCGGAGGAGGUGAGCGGCGCCCUGUCCCCGCCGUCAGCGUCGGCUUAUGUGAAGCUGGUGCUGCUGGGACUGAUCAUGUGCGUGAGCCUGGCAGGCAAUGCCAUCUUGUCCCUGCUGGUGCUCAAGGAGCGUGCCCUGCACAAGGCUCCUUACUACUUUCUGCUGGACCUGUGCCUGGCCGAUGGCAUACGCUCUGCCGUCUGCUUCCCCUUUGUGCUGGCUUCUGUGCGCCACGGCUCCUCAUGGACCUUCAGUGCGCUCAGCUGCAAGAUUGUGGCCUUCAUGGCCGUGCUCUUUUGCUUCCAUGCGGCCUUCAUGCUGUUCUGCAUCAGUGUCACCCGCUACAUGGCCAUUGCCCACCACCGCUUCUACGCCAAGCGCAUGACACUCUGGACAUGUGCAGCUGUCAUCUGCAUGGCCUGGACCCUGUCUGUGGCCAUGGCCUUCCCACCCGUCUUCGACGUGGGCACCUACAAGUUUAUCCGGGAGGAGGACCAGUGCAUCUUUGAGCAUCGCUACUUCAAGGCCAAUGACACACUCGGCUUCAUGCUUAUGUUGGCUGUGCUCAUGGCAGCCACACAUGCUGUCUAUGGCAAGCUUCUCCUCUUCGAGUAUCGUCACCGCAAGAUGAAGCCAGUGCAGAUGGUGCCAGCCAUCAGCCAGAACUGGACUUUCCAUGGCCCUGGGGCCACCGGCCAGGCUGCUGCCAACUGGAUCGCCGGCUUUGGCCGUGGGCCCAUGCCACCAACCCUGCUGGGUAUCCGGCAGAAUGGGCACGCAGCCAGCCGGCGGCUGCUGGGCAUGGACGAGGUCAAGGGUGAAAAGCAGCUGGGCCGCAUGUUCUACGCGAUCACACUGCUCUUCUUGCUCCUCUGGUCACCCUACAUUGUGGCCUGCUACUGGCGAGUGUUUGUGAAAGCCUGCGCCGUGCCCCAUCGCUACCUGGCCACCGCUGUUUGGAUGAGCUUCGCCCAGGCUGCCGUCAACCCGAUCGUCUGCUUCCUGCUCAACAAGGACCUCAAGAAGUGCCUGAGGACUCACGCCCCCUGCUGGGGCACAGGAGGUGCCCCGGCUCCCAGAGAACCCUACUGUGUCAUGUGAAGCAGGCUGGUAGGCAGACAGGCAGGGAAAAGGUCAUGGUCACCAUGAUGGGGCCAACAGCAAGGGACAGAUGGGGCCCCUUAUGGGAGCCUUCCUUUCUGAGCUCCAGCCCCAGUCCCUCAAGCCACCCGGAAUCCAGGCACCUUUGCCAACACCUCCCCAGGGUGGGGGACUGGGAAAGAGACGUUCCUAGUUUUGUGGGGCCUGUCUCCACCACCUCCUUCUCCACUUCUACAAUCUCAUUCUCUCUCUCUCUCUCUAAGUGACAAUUCAGAAAAAGAAAACAAAACUGAAAAUGCAGGUUUUUAUACUAACAGCAGAGGAGACAGGCUUUCUUGCUUUAAGUGUCUCUCCUUCUGACAUUGUCCAGAAGGGGCAAAUUUGUCCUGUAAAAUAGAUUUCCAGAGCUCUAUUGCCUCCCCCCACCCCCUGCUCCCAUGCACCCUUCCCUCCCAAGUCCUUUAGCAAGGCCUGGAUGUUGAGGGAGAAACUGAUACAAGGCUGCUGAUAAGAGGGACCUAAGGGGGUGCUGGGUCCCCAGGGAGCAGGGAUGUUUAAUUGCUAUGUUGUGUGCAAUGUUGUUUUUGGCUAACCCUGGUCCCAAGCCCCGUCUCCUCUCCCUCCCGCAUCCCGUGUCCAGACCUCCAAAGUGUUUCUUCGACAUCUACUUAAGAAGCCAAGAAGGCAGGGAGAAGGGCCCCCAGCAUGGGCCCAGGCUAGGUGAAGAGCAGGCUGUGAGCUGAACUCCUCAAGCUGAAGAGACCCAAGUUUGUCUGCGUUCUCUAGCGCUGGAACCCCGACCCUCCAACUCUUCUUCCUAAGGUUGAAAAAUCCAUGCCAGCCCCACAGGGGCAGAUGUGGGGGUCCUGCAGGCAGGAGCAGCUCUCCAGGGAAGUGUAGGAAUGGGAGCUGAACUCCCCAGAGGAGCUAGACCCUAGUGCCUGGAGCCAGAGUUGAAUGCAACCCCAGAUUGCUUCCCGGGUUCACACUACUCUUCACAAGAUGGAAAUCUAGGGGGUGGUGUGUGUGGGUCCUUGGUAACCGAUAGUGGUACAGACUCCAAGGCAUUUGAGACUUGAAUCCAUUCCUGUUUGACUUCUUUUUGUUCCCCUCUAGCCUCAGGGGCCUCAAGCCCCUUCCUCCUCCUUGGUAGCCCCUGGCCUUCUGGGCCCUCAACCCCACACAUCCUUCUUCCUAACAGUCCUUUCUCCCUUGCUCCCUCUGCUCUUGCCUACAACACCCCAAAUGGAGUAGUCUGCAGCCAGAUUCCCCCGGGGGGGCAAGACUCCCUCCCAGGGGCAAGGUUGACUCUGGGCUUACUGCAAGGCCAGUUCUGUGGACUGGUGGGCCAAGCCGCCACUCUUUUGCCUGGGCUUGCCCAGCUCUGUGCCCCCCCUCAUUUCCUGAGGGAGAUGGGUGAGGAUGUGUAUUUAUCCACCCUUCUCUUUUUCCUUCCUAUUGAAGUCCCUGUUCUGAGCUCCCUCCCUACCCCAAGACAGCCCCCAGAAGUGGGGAAGCCUUGACCUAAAAGGAAUGAGGAGGGCCCUCUAGGCAGGAGAGACAUUAAUGAGCCUGUCUGUGGAGUGGCCCUGGAAAGGCAGGCCAGAGUGGCUGGGAGGCCAGGAGUGGGGGUACCUGUUCUCUCAGUGAUA